AGCCUCCUAUGUGUUAAUUAUUCAUUAGGAGUUUACUGCUAGACGAAUUUGCAUGUCACCUGUCUGGCGUAAAUCAGAACAGAUGUUUCCGGAUAAUUAUGUUUAAAUUUCUAAUUGAAUUUCAGAAAAGUAAAUGCUUCAGUAGUAAGUUACUGUUGCCGCGACAUGUUCCCAUAUAGAGGAAACUCGACACGCGUAAUUGGCCUAUUAUUAUUGGCCGACAUUUUACUGCUUGUUGCUAGGGUGUGCAGCAGUUUCUAUUAUGGAGGCAAGGGUACGGAUGAAAUUGCUGAAAAAUCGAGAUUCAAUCAAAUAUUUGCCGAGCUUCAAAACGAGUAUGCCGAGUUUGAGUUACCUAGGCUGGUACCUAAACAGAUUGGGGAAUCAUUCAAGAUGGAAGUUGAUAACGGACGAAUCGUGACUGCAACAUCUUUGAGCCGAAAGCCACCAAUCUUCGAAAUCAAAGAUUUUCUCAGCGUUUCAGAGUGUGAUUCCUUAAUUGAACUUGCCCAGAAAUCUGGAUUGGAGGAAAGCGUUACACUCGAUGACAAUGAAGGUCUGAUGGAACGACUGCGUGAAAUUAAUGAUUUUUCCAUUUGGGAUAAAAACAAAAACAGUUAUGUCGAUGCCAGCGAGAUAAGCUGGAUUUUUAUGCAAUAUUUCGAUUUUGACUCCGAAGAAGACAAAGUUUUGAGAAUGAUAAAAGACUUGAACGCAGACGCUGAUAAUGAUGGCCAGUUAUCAAUGAAAGAGUUUGAAGAUUUGAACCUGAACAAGACUGCACUUGGUUUUAUCAGAUUGAUUAAUGAAAUCAAAGCCGAAGACCCAUCUACGAAGGGGCGUUUUAGCGAACAGACGUUUUUAGGUGACGAAAAACAUCCACUUUUAUCGCGGUUACGGCAACGGUUGUCAGUUUUAACUGGACUACCUAGAGAAUUGAUAGAUAGCAGUGAAGAUUUGCAGGUUGUGCGAUAUAAGCCGGGCGGUCAUUACAACUGCCACCUUGAUAGCGAAGAAAUACCGCGAGUAAUGAACAAGUGCUGCCACCUCCCUGAAGCAGGCGACCCGUUCAAGGGUCUCUGCCAACUAUGCAGGUAUAUGACUGUGCUGUAUUUCCUAAACGACGUGGAAGAAGGGGGUGAGACCGCAUUUCCUCUUGCUGACAACGAGACGUUAAGUCGUGAGGAAUGGACAGAGGAUGCUGAAGGGUUAUGCAAUCUGGCCCGAAAUUGCAAAAAAUCACGAGUUGUUGUAAAGCCCGAAAAAGGAAAGGCCAUUUUAUGGUACAAUCAUCAUCGUCGCAAAGAAUCCGGGUGGAUGGGACAGAUCGAUUAUCGGAGUUUUCAUGGUGGUUGUAAUGUAUGGAAAGGUCAGAAAUGGAUUGCGAAUAACUGGAUUAAUGUAAGUCCAAUCCGUGACGAAGAUCUUAGGUUGUGGGCUAAAUUGAGAUCAGAUGAUAGGCACAAGAUGCAGGGUGAAUUUUUUGUAGAUGAGAAUUCAACCGGUCCUGAAAAAGAAGAGAUUGACAUCCAAAAUGAUGUCAGCCAAGAAAGGGUAUUUGGUGUAAACGAUGAAUUUAGAAACAAGGUCUCAAAAAAGAGCAUAAAUGCUGCCAAUAUCCAUGAUAGCAUUGUAGGAAAGCAAUCUCCACAGACUUUGGACCAUAGUGAGCUGUAGACGAGUGGCAGACAAACUGUCAUUAGUUCCGUUAGCAUAACAAUUAAAAUAAAUGAUAGCAUAUUUAUGAGGGGGUUUAGGCUAGAUCGUAUUGUAAUAUAUUCGUACUUAAUCUAUUUUUCUACUAACCGUAAUCUCUAGGUAAUUAUUCAAUACAAAAGUGUAGAGACGAAUCAAAUAUCAGUUAUGGUAUUUUAGAUGAAUAUGAACUGUGUAUAACUA